CGGCCCAAACCUGACUCCACCUACAUCCUGCAGGGCCCGUUCGUAACCCCUGCGCCUACCCCCACCCUCUCCUCCUCCUCCUCGCCCGCCGUAUCGUAAGCCGCCGGCCGCCGGCCGCCGGAGAUGGCGCGCCUCCUCGCCGUCCGGGGCAUCUCCUCGUCGCCGCACCUCGCGUGGAGGGUAAAGCAAACAGAGAAUGAGAUUGUCCAGAUGUUCCAGCCCCCGGUUCGUCGGAGUGAGGAGGCAGUAGCAACCACUGGACCAAGGUACACGCAUUCCAUACGAGUGAUGGAUGAGAGGUUCAUUAGGAUCCUGAAGAUAUUCAAGUGGGGCCCUGAUGCUGAGAAGGCGUUGGAGGUAUUAAUGAUGAAAGUUGAUCACUGGUUGGUAAGAGAGGUUAUGAAAACGGAUGUUGGGGUCAGUGUGAAGAUGCAAUUUUUCAGAUGGGCAGCAAGGAAGAGGAAUUACGAACACGACACAUCCACUUACAUGGCAUUGAUACGUUGUUUAGAGGUAGUAGAGCAGUAUGGUGAAAUGUGGAAAAUGAUCCAAGAAAUGGUACGGAAUCCUGUAUGUGUUGUCACGCCGAUGGAGCUAUCAGACAUCAUCCGGAUGCUGGGGAAUGCCAAGAUGAUCAGUAAGGCAGUUGCAAUCUUUUACCAAAUCAAGGCACGAAAGUGCCAACCCACUGCUCAUGCAUAUAAUAGCAUGAUAAUCAUGUUAAUGCAUGAGGGAGAGUAUGAGAAAGUGCAUGAACUUUACAAUGAGAUGAGCAACGAGGGCCAAUGCUUCCCAGACACCGUGACUUACAGUGCACUCAUUUCUGCUUUCUGCAAACUUGGUCGCCAGGAUUCAGCAAUUUGGUUGUUGAAUGAGAUGAAGGACAAUGGAAUGCAGCCAACUGCUAAGAUAUAUACCAUGCUAAUGGCUUUGCUCUUUAAGUUGGACAAUGUUCAUGGGGCAUUGGGUUUGUUUGAAGAGAUGAGGCAUCAGUACUGCCGACCAGAUGUGUUUACUUACACUGAAUUAAUCAGGGGACUCGGUAAAGCUGGGAGAUUGGAUGAAGCAUAUAACUUCUUCCAUGAAAUGCGAAGAGAAGGCUGCAGGCCAGACACAGUUCUUAUGAAUAAUAUGAUAAAUUUCUUGGGCAAGGCUGGUCGUUUGGAUGAUGCUAUCAAGUUGUUUGAGGAGAUGGAGACAUUAAGGUGUAUUCCUAGUGUGGUGACCUACAACACUAUAAUAAAAGCUCUUUUUGAAUCUAAAUCUCGUGUUUCUGAGAUUUCAUCAUGGUUUGAGAGAAUGAAGGGAAGUGGAAUAUCCCCUAGUCCAUUCACCUACUCAAUCUUGAUUGAUGGAUUCUGCAAAACCAACAGGACGGAGAAGGCUAUGAUGCUGCUGGAGGAGAUGGAUGAAAAGGGCUUCCCUCCAUGUCCAGCGGCAUAUUGCAGCCUGAUUGAUGCUCUUGGAAAAGCCAAACGGUAUGAUCUUGCAAACGAGCUAUUUCAGGAACUAAAAGAAAAUUGUGGCUCCUCUAGUGCUCGAGUGUAUGCAGUGAUGAUAAAACACUUAGGGAAGGCUGGACGGCUUGAUGAUGCUGUAGAUCUGUUUGAUGAGAUGAACAGACUUGGUUGCACUCCUAAUGUUUAUGCUUACAAUGCCCUCAUGUCUGGAUUGGCAAGAGCAGGCAUGCUUGAUGAAGCUCUUACUACAAUGAGAAGAAUGCAAGAUCAUGGGUGUAUUCCUGAUAUUAAUUCGUACAAUAUCAUCCUGAAUGCACUGGCAAAAACAGGAGGUCCUGAUCGUGCCAUGGGGAUGCUUUGUAAUAUGAAGCAGUCUGCAAUAAAACCAGAUGCUGUGUCAUAUAAUACUGUUCUUGGUGCCUUGAGUCAUGCAGGCAUGUUUGAGGAGGCAGCUAAAUUGAUGAAAGAGAUGAAUGCGAUAGGAUUUGACUAUGAUCUUAUUACGUAUUCAUCUAUACUUGAGGCGAUUGGAAAGGUUGAUCAAGAAUGAACUGAAAAUGGUUAGUAGGGACAGGAUACAUGCCUUUUGGUAGUGUUCUACGUAAAACAUCUUGAUCCAAGCUCUAAUAUUUUCAAAUGAUCGUCCCAGUUUUUGUGCAGCACUGCAACUGUUGGGUAUAUAAAGCUUCUAUUUUUGCCACUCAAGUGAACUGUUACUUGGUAAAGUCGUGCAGGACAGCAGGAGUCAGGCGUAGAAGGUGUGUAUUUCACCAUUUUGUUUACACGUGGUCAAAAUCACGUUAUGUUCUGUCCUCUUUAAAUUUUGAUAAUCUACAGCUGCCUAAAUACUUCUCUGAAUGAUUUGAGAAUCACUUUUCUCCGUUAAGCUGUGAGGUCUCCUACUGAAAACUGAGACCCUUUGGUGAAAAGUUAACUACUGUAUGUUGAGAGUUGUUUCUUCAGCAACACCAUUGGAGUGUGCAUGCUACCAUUCCUGAAGUUACGGUACGCUUGUUGUGUUUGUGUUAGUAAAUCAAAUAUUUUCAGGUGUUAUAUUGCAGUCAGGGCAUAAGAAUCUAAAAUCAAAGAUAUGGUAGCUGUCCCCAUUUCUUCUUUCCCUAUGCUUAGCUUUCCAAAUUUUCUUUUCGUUGUUGAAAAAUAUAGCUUUUCGAGCUUUUAUAUGGCGCGAAAACAGUUUUUCCCGUGUGUGUUGUAGUGGCAGCAUUUCAGUAGUAGCAAGGUCUAUAUUUAUCACACGUUUCUCUUUCACUGGAACUCCGUGGAUUCUGACACUAAGAAAUACACUUGCAGGCGUGCAGCCUUCCGAAAUUGGCACAGCCGGCAAAUGUGCCUAAUCUUUCCAGUUAUUGUGCACAGGGGCUUACAUAUGGGCUGCCAUUGCUUCAUUGCUAAGGGCCUGUUUGGUUGGCAUACUAAACUUGCCACACUUGAUCAGACCACAAGUUAGACAAAUUCGGCUGAGUUAGCCUCCUGUUUGUUUUGCAGCCACACUCGUGGCAAAGAUUCCUUUCAUGUAAAUUAGGCCCCACAUGUCGUUAACUCGGAAAAAUGUGGCAAGUUUGUCUCAAGUGUGGUGUCAAUUUUGAUUGCCUAACCUUUAGGCAUAUGUGGCAAAGAAAUCUGUAAAUGACGAUAACCUUAGUAUAUGAACCAAACACGCCCCAAGUGUUUGAGGCUUUCCAAA